AACAGGCUCUCUCCUUGGAAAUCUCUCGUCACCGACUCCAAGUUCUUGUUCCCAAAUUUCGCUAAUAGCCUAAUACUUUGAUCCUCGAUCAUUCUGCCUGAAAUUUCAUCGAUGGAGGACCAUAUUGUCACCACGAAGGCCUACAAUCUCUUCGUGAAGCUCUUAGACGGAAAAACCCUAGCCCUAAAAUUCCCAUCUCCUAUUCUUUAUGCCAAUUCCAUAAAGGAUCGCGUUUUCGAGGUUACCAGAAUCCCCAUACAACACCAGCGCCUUGUUACUGGCGUCCGAGACCUUAACGGUAACGAAUCUGUAAUCUCCUGCUCGCCGGAAGGCGGAGAUGUGUUCCCCACCGUCCAUCUGCUGCUGCGGCUCGCUGGUGGCAAGGGAGGGUUUGGAUCGCUUUUGCGUGGUGCGGCCACAAAGGCUGGGCAGAAGAAGACGAACAACUUCGAGGCUUGUAGAGAUAUGAGUGGCCGAAGGUUGAGGCACGUGAACGCGGAGAAGAGACUGGAGGAAUGGAAGGCGGAGGAGGCGGAGAGGAAGCUGGAGAAGAUUGCGGAAGAGUUUUUGAAGAAGCAGGCGAAGAAGGGUAAAAAGGGUGUGGGUGAUGGCGAGGCGCACAAGUAUGUGGCAAAAUAUAGGGAGGAGUCUGAGCGAUGCACUGCUGAAGUCGCCGAGUCGGUGAAGGAGGCUCUGAUGUCUAUCAAUGGCAAGAGAAAGGUUCCAGAUUUUGGAAAAGGUCGAGCAGAUGCAAAGAAGAUGAAGAUAUGGAUGGGAAAGAGGAAAUUAAAUGAAAGUGAUAGUGAUGAUUCUGAUGACGAUGGCAAUGAUGACGAAGAAGAAAACGAGAAAUCAACUGUAUUAAAUAAUGAGAAUGACUCAGAGUCAAAUAAAGCUGAAGGCAGUUCAGGUUCAGUAACUGGUGGCAAACGGGAUGGUGAAUCUUCUGUAGCAGGCUCCAGUGGAAGUUGCUCUGAAGAAGAGAAAGAGACUGUUGUAGAAGGAAAAAUAGACUCUAGCGGAAGUCUUAACAUUGAAUCUCUCCAGAACAUAACGGCCAAUUUGGUUGAACCUGUGAUAUGUGAUAAGAUGGCAACUGGUGUCACUAUGCCUGUUUUGGAGCCUCCAGCGUUGGUAAUCGAUGCUGCAGAAGAUGGAAGGCUUGACUCUAGUGAAGCUGACAGGCUUGAUUCAGCAGCUGCUCAAGCCACUAAUCUUAUAAGCUCAGAGCAUGUGGUGGAUUCUAACAAAUCAAAUGAUAUUGGAACUGAUGGAUUGCAUGAGCAUAAAGCAUCAUCUCAUGAAGAAACUCACACAAGUGCCAGUGCGCAGGAAAUAGAGGAGCCUUUGAGCUUUGAUUCAUUUAACUCAGCUGCAGAACUUGAGGUUCUUGGCCUGGAAAGGUUGAAGUCCGAACUGCAGGCACAUGGGUUGAAAUGUGGAGGCACAUUGCAGGAGCGUGCUGCCAGGCUUUUCCUUCUAAAAUCGACUCCACUGGAUAAACUUCCUAAAAAGUUGCUUGCCAAAAAGUGAGAAGUAUGUGUUUCUUUCCCAUGAUAUAAGCUUAUCCCUGUACAGUUUUGGUCAAACAAUUGGCUAAUGUCUUUUUUUUCUCCUGAGUUUGAUGCAUGACAACAGUCAAAGCAGGGCAACCCUAGCCCCCCCUGCUAUUAGUUCUGGCAGUGGUCUUGUGACAUUGUUCUUGUUUUAUGUCCUGGCUGUAAAAUCUGAAGCUUUGCUCUUUUUUACUUAAUGGAAUCUGACAUGAAAAGGGAUUUAUUUCUGAAU